AUGGCAUCAUUUACAAUCUUAAUUUCAGUUGGCAGAGAAAACCCAGUAGGAGUGUCUGUACCUCCGAGCCAAGAGGAGAGCAGGGUGCAGGGGUCAAAAGACCACAAAGAACCAGCCGCAGAACCUGAGGCCAGCGAGCUCUUUCACUCUGCAUCUGCAAAAGAAAUCCGACAUUCACCAAGCACUGAAGCUCUUCUGGCAGAAGAUGAAUGGAAGGUGUUGGUGCUGACAGGAAGUACAGGGACUCAGGCCAGUGUCACACUCUGCGUGUACGGAGAUGCAGGAGUCACUGGGCCGGUAAGGCUCAGCAAGGACAGCCCAGGGCAGCUCUUCCGUCCAAGACAGGAGGACGAAUUUCAGGUUGAAGUAAGAAAUGUUGGCGAGAUAUACAAGAUCAGAAUAGGACACCAUGGCCCCAGGGGACGGCCUGCGUGGAGCCUGCAGAGGGUGACCAUGCAGCAUAUGAAGAGCAAGAAGAUCUUGGAUUUUGCAACAAACGUGUGGCUGUCUCAGAUCCAAGCUGGUGGAGACCUUGUUUGUGAGCUUCCUGUAAUCAAAGAAGGGCAACCUAUUUUUCCAGUGAGAUACCACGUCGAUGUCUACACUGGGCAGCUGAGACAAGCAGAAACCGAGGCUGACGUCUCUCUCUGUCUCUAUGGACAGCGGGGCGAUUCUGGCCUCAGGCUGCUGCACAAGUCAAACAUGCCAGUGAAAUUCCAGAGAGGACAGAUCGACAGAUUUGAGGUGGAAGCAGUGUCGCUCGGAAAGCUGCAGAAGGUGCUGUUGCGCUGCGAGGCCCGUGACGAGUCCCAGUACUGGUACUGUGAGAAGGUUGUCGUCAGAGAGCCGGGUACAGAGUCGGAGUCCGUCUUCACCUGUGAGAGGUGGAUUCCCUUUAUGUCUCAAGGAAUAAUUUAUUCAGAAAUUGAACUUUAUCAUCAAGGUGAGGAUUAAUGAAACCAUCAGUAGAAGAAAGUGCAAGAUGACUUGGUCCCAUCUGGACACCUUGGAAGAUGGCUCCCAGUGACCCUCAGAUCAGCGCUUCCGCUAGCUUGCCUUUUGAGAUCAGGUCUCCAGUCAUUCUUCACAGUGCGAACACACAUCCCUGUUAGAGUUGUCCUGGCAAUGCCUUCUGCUCUACUGUGUAAAACUCAGCCGAAGGAUUUGCCACUGCUGAAGAGCUGAGCUCACACUUCUUCCCCCCCCCCACUUACAAAAUCAUCAGACAGAUCUAUUAUUAACUGCACUUCACUUUUAUUUUUGCAGAAAUGCAAAUAAAUCAUCCGCUUAAAAUACAAGAAGAAGAAAAUGGCAAGUGUUAUUGCUGUUUUUCAUCUUUUCACAUUCCGACACUGCAUCCCCUUGUCUUGGUCACCUGUCUUGCACAACUUCACACCACAUUUUUACUGCACUGAAGCUGUUGAUUACAUAGUUUCAUUUAAAUAAGCCAACAAGCAACUUUAGUCCCAAAUGCUUUUUGCUUAAUGCUUCCUUUAAUUGAUUUAAUAUGUGGGGGCAGUAACCCUUUUCCAAGUGAUGAAUUUCUAUUAGUUGCACUUUUUUUUGUUGGUUUACAUAUUAGUUUCUACGUUUUCUUUUUAAAUCUUUUGCAGUUAGCUUUGUCUAUUAGAUCUCUUCAAAUCAACCAGGAAUUGUGUUAUCAAUAUGCACCGUUUAAAGCUGAUCUGAAUGAGAUGAACAUAUAUAUGCAUGCAGAUAAGUAAACCUCUGCUUUAAAAAUGUGUAUU